AUGAUGUUCGAUGCUCUCAAUGCCCCCCAGCCGUACCAAGAGCAUUAUCCACCCCGGUGGGCUGUACACCCCCCAUCCCUCCCCUUCCCAAACGGACACCAUGUCUCUCCGAAUGGUAAAGUAGCAGCAGCAGCUACCAAUGGCGCAGAUACCCAACACCAGCACAACGGCAAGGAGGAAGAGAUCAUUUGCGCACCUGUGCACUACGUCACAACCCUCCCAGGCAAAGACAUUCGCGGAAAACUCAUCUCGGCCUUUAACGAGUGGUUCCAAAUUCCAGAUGAACAGUUGGAGAUCAUCAAGCGGGUGGUUGGCCUACUUCACGUCGCUUCGUUGCUCAUCGACGACAUUGAAGACUACUCCAAGCUCCGGCGCGGCUUCCCCGUCGCCCACAGCAUCUUCGGGAUCCCGCAGACGAUCAACUCGGCCAACUACGCUUACUUCCAAGCGCAGAGCGAGGUGCUGAAGCUGCGCAGAUGCGAGGACGCCCUACGGAUCUUUACCGAGGAGCUUCUGCGACUGCACAGAGGCCAGGGGAUGGAUCUGUACUGGCGAGAUUCCCUCAGCUGCCCGAGCGAAGAGGAGUACCUGGGCAUGGUCGCGAACAAGACGGGCGGGCUGUUUCGGCUCGCUAUUAAGCUGAUACAGUUGGAAAGUGAUGUUGAUGAGGACUGCGUGCCCCUAGUGGACCUGCUAGGAAUCAUCUUCCAGAUCCGAGACGACUACCAGAACCUGCAGAGCGACCAGUAUGCCAAGAACAAGGGAUUUGGCGAGGACAUUACCGAGGGCAAGUUCUCGUACCCGAUUGUCCACAGUAUUCAAAGUAGCAGUGGUAGUUCUGGCGCGGGCAGCGACCGCAGUCUCCAACUGCUGAACAUUUUGCGGCAGAAGACGGAGGAUGAGGCCGUCAAGAGAUAUGCGAUUCGGAUCCUGGAGCAGACGGGCAGCUUUGAGUAUACCAGGCAGAAGUUGAGGGAGUUGACGGCGAGGGCGAGGGAGAUGCUUGGUGGACUGAGGGAGACGGCGGGGGCGGAAACAGGCGCUGCGGGGUUGCUGGGCAUCUUGGAUUUCCUCGAGCUGAAGGAGUGA